AUGGUACCGUUCCAGGUUACCGUUUAUUUGUCGAGAUGCGGUCUACAGCCAAACUCGGAAAUGAUUGCCAAAGGGUAUCCAGAUAUCGGAUGGGAUCCGGUUGAAGGGGAACGGUAUAUCGACUUCCUCCGUUUCUGCGUCUGGAUCAAUGGCGAAAACGUUGAGGAGAACGCUAACCUAGUGAUUCGACUGCUCAUUCGUCGUCCAGAAUGUCUUGGCAUAGCUCUUAAGGGAGAAGGCCAAGGUCUAUUCGCAGCAUUUAAGGAAGCUAUCGCUUUGUCUGAGGAUAUCCGUGUGCUCGAGGAAGAUGGCGAUGCUGCUACAAUGCUUAAAUGUGGGCUGCUAGGAGAUUCACCGACGUAUCCAUCAAAAGAGGGCGAAGGUGAAGACUACCUGGAUUUGGGAGCGGCUACAUUGGAUUUCUAUUCGUCACUAGUAGACUUACUGGCCAAGUGUGCGCCAGAUCCGAUGGCUAUACAGGCAUGA